AAAAAUCUAUAUACUACCAAGACAUUUCCCUUGUAGCACAUAAAAUAACUAAUCAGCUACCACGACCGCCAGUAUGCUCCGACGACCAACACCACCAGUAGGCUCUGUCCACACACCAUACACUACCAGUAGCUCCAACCGCACACCACUAUUAGCUCCGACCGCACACCACCAGUAGCUCCGACCGCAUACCACUAGUACACUCCUACUGCAGAUCACCAGCAUACUUAUUUCCAACUUCUCUCUCAAUCCGCCUCCGACCGUCUGAGUUUAAUUUCACCCCAAAAUCACUAGUAAUGAAAGUGAUUUGUACUCUGCUAAUCUCAGCUGCGGCAACAUCCUCCAAGAAGUUGUAAUGAGGCACCACUGCUCCGACCACCGUUUAAAUUUCUGAGAAAAUUUAGGGCUUUCGUCUAUAAUUUGUUGAUUUUAAGUUCAUCGGGGCUACAAUGGGGGCUUCUGGUCUAAAUAUACAAACAGAAAAUGGUCAUAUAGACAUGCCUAGUAAUAUAUGUUGUGUUGUUGUGGAAUAUCUUCCGGGUGGUGCUUUAUAACCUUACUUUAUUAAGAAUAGAAGAAAAAAGCUAGCAUUUAAAGUUGUAGUGCAGAUGGAACUUGAUUUGGCCAGAGGGUUAAGUUAUCUUCACACACAGAAGAUUGUGUAUAGAGAUGUCAAGACGGAGAAUUUGAUAUUGGACAAGACAUGUACUGUAAAGCUUGCGGACUUUGGGGUUGCACGAGUUGAGGUCUCUAAUCCUAAUAAUAUAACGGGGAAGACCGAAACUCUUGGCUAUAUGGAUCUUGAGGUUCUUAAUGGCAACCCAUACAAUAAAAAAUACGACGUGUGCAGUUUUGGCUUAUGUUUGUGGGAGAUAUACUGUUGUGACAUGCCAUAUCCUGAUCUCAGUUUCUCAGAAAUGACUUCAGCCAUGGUUCGCCAGAAUUUGAGGCCAGAAAUACCGAGAUGUUUCCCAAGUUCCUUUCUAAUGUGAUGAAACGAUGCUGGGAUGCUAAUCCUAAUAUGUGGCCCGAGAUGGAUGAGGUAGUAUCCAUGAUAGAGGCUAUUGACACAUCCAAAGGCGAGGUAAUAAUCCCCGUUGAUCAACUAUAGGACUCUAUCUAUUUUCGGAAGCGUCGUGGACCUUGAACACACUGAAUCCAUGCAGAUGUAUAUUAAGAAGUAGGUUAAUUAUAUCUCAGCUACCAAAUAUUUCAGAGUACUUAACUUAUACAGUGCCAGAUGCUCCUGGUGUUUGUGGAUAUUGGCUGGCAAAUUGGGCUGCAUUUCUCAAUUUAGAUGGUGUAAAGCUUAUACCUUUCUUUUUAGUUUCUUCAUUUCACUUGUAGUUGUUUUAUUUUACUGAUUUUAAAUUUAUAAUCUUCCCCAACAUUUGACAUUAGUGGCUUGUAACAUUUGACAUUGGUCUUGGGAAGUGGCUAUGGAGGUUGUAACAUUGCCCUUUUCAUGAUUAGGUCCUGGGAAGUGACUAUAUGGAGGUUACAAAUAAGGAGAAAGCUAUAUUAGGUGAGGUGGUUGCAGCCAAAUAUGGAAGUACGAAUAUGGAUGGUUCACUAAAUAUGUCACAAUAUCUCACAGGGGUAAGUGUGUGGAAGGAAUAAGGAGGUGAUUUUAGUUGUGCAGAUUAUAUGGUUGAACUUGAUUAUAUUUUGCUUUUUGGUUUAAAUUACUAGGUUGUUGCAUAUUUUGAAUUAUGAGAUUAUUAAUGAAUGAUUUUAUUUUGUGAUGUGUA